AUGGAACUAUCGCAAGAGUUGCGCGAAUUGAUGUCCGACCAUCACCGAGGGACAGCAGAAAAUAGUUACACGUAUUUUCUAAAGCGGUUAGAACAAAUCACGACAAGUGAAGAACACGCUUAUCUUUACCACACGAUGCUCCGGAUCAUGCAAAACAUGAUGGAAUUGGAAGCUUAUAUGCUCGGACGAAAGCUGCUGAUUCGACUUAAGUCCGAAACUUUCAACGGAGCAGCAGAACUGCAAUUGGGGCUUACUGUUGACGCAAAAAAACAUCGAACAUGCAAUAACAAGAUCCUUGCUCAACCUAAUCAGUCUGUCAUUUUUUCAUUCGAAGAAACGGCGCUUGUUAUUCAAUCCUUCGACGAGGAGAAGAUCCACUACAAUAGAUUCGUUAUUCCAGCGCAAAAUAUCGAAUAUUAUGAAUUCAAACGGCGGAUACUCGAAAUUCACAAAGUCGAAGAACUCAUCCAUGCACUGGACAAGUUGGCAUCAAAAAAGAAGGACACGCCCGUUUUGCUGCAGCUGAGUGGAGAAUUUGACACUGAGCUAAGUUUUACAGUGUACGGAGAAGAUAUAAACUACAAACUGACGCUGAGAGCAACAUUAAAAAACGUCAGAUGGAGAAUGAAUAUGGUUGAACGAGAUGAGGACUGCCGAGUGCUAGUAGCUCGAAAGCAACUUAUGCUUAUUCUCGAUUUGGCAAGAGCCGGAGACGUGAUGAAGAUCGAAGUUCGAGGACCAAACGACGUUCAUUUCUUCUCAAAAAACAAGGACAAAACGAUCGAAAUCACGUUCCCUCGCAAGGAUGGAAUAAGGACGGAGAAUUCAAGAACAAUAACCAGCUUCUUCAAUGCAAGAGUUCUUCGAGAAAUGACAAAGGAGAUGGACAUUAUAAAAUUUGUGAGCUUUCGCAUGCGAGAAAUGAACGAGGUCACAAUUGUCAAUUUCAUGAAUGAAAAGUUCAAGCUCACAACAUUGAUGCCUUCAAUUGUGCCCCCGGAUGGCGAUAUCCCAUUCGAAGAGUUUUACAGCAAGUUGAGGAUCUACGAAAACGACUUCGACAGAAAACUUGCUGAUUCCUUUGUCGCAAGCGAAGAGAGAGAACAAGCGGCCCUUCCAGAAACAACCAAAAAAGAAGCUGUGUCGUCAAAGAAAAGAAAGGCAAACUGUCAGCAGAAUGAAGAAAACUCGGAGAAAACAACGAAAGCAAAACACCUUAGAAAACAAAACAGCCAGCGUCCCGCUUCUUGUAGAUUCGGAAACUUGCUAAUGGAGCGCGUAAACAAGGCAAAGCAGGCUUUCUACGGGGGCGAAAUCGCCAAAGAAGAAGAAAAAUUGUCUAUGACAAUAGAGCGGGUGAAAUAUCAACAGCGGAUGCAAUCGAUGCAGGUGAGAAACAACGGAGGAUUGCUGUACGCAUAUACAGCAUCUAUCGAUAAGCAGCCAAAAGAGGUAAUUGAACUUCUUGCUUACGAUGAAGGCCAUCCAGUCCACGAGAUCAUAGUGGCAUGGGAAAAGAUCAAGGCCAUGAUCGAAGAAGUGACUGCCGCCAUCGACGCCCUCAAAAAGCAAGGACCGAAUCACUCCGGAGAAGGCAAACCGAAGAAGUCGGAUUCGGAGCAUGAAACCAUCAAGAAAGAGCCAAAGACAGAAUAA